GUUAGAAGUGGGCCCCUGGUGGAGGCUGCCUCCUCAGAGCAGAGGCCUCUACUCAUCUGGUCUGUUUGGUAUAUUCACCCGUCAAAUCAGAAAGGAGAAAAUGACUAUCCCCACUGUCACCUCCAUGGCUCAGUUCCCGGUCGCUCGCAGCCUCGCCGCUGACUGCCGCAAGUCCAAGACCCUCGCCAAGAACCACAAGAAGAACAAGCCCGCCAAGGUCCGCGCUUCCAUCGUUCCUGGUGCCGUCCUGAUCCUCCUUGCCGGCCGCUUCAAGGGUACCCGCGUUGUCUGCCUCAAGCAGCUCAACUCCGGCCUCCUGGUCGUCUCUGGCCCCUUCAAGGUCAACGGUGUCCCCCUCCGCCGUGUGAACCCCGCCUACGUCAUCGCCACCUCCACCAAGGUCGAUAUCUCUGGCGUCAACACCGAGAAGUUCACCGACGAGUACUUCAAGCGCCCCGCUGACACCAAGACCCGUGGUGCCGAGGACUUCUUUGCUCAGCACAAGGAGACCACCCAGAUCGACGCUGGCCGCAUUGCCGACCAGAAGGAGACUGACAAGGCCCUCCUCGCCGCCAUCAACAAGACCCCCCUCCUCAAGGGUUACCUUGGUGCCAAGUUCACCCUGAGCAAGGGCCAGUUCCCCCACGCCAUGAAGUUCUAAGAGAGAGUGUGCCUCGAAAGGUGUCUCCCCCGCGCCCCCUCUCUUGUCUCCCUUUCAGCUAAGAAACCACACCCCCACAAUGUGCUUCUCCCUACACAAAACACACUCCCUUCUCAGCGUGUA